AUGACUCAGUUCAGACAUGCCUUCUCGUUGGACAAGCAGGAACUCAACGAGAUGGCGCCUCCUGGCACUGUCACGUUGAUGGGUGAGUGGCGGACUGAUAGACAUGAUAACGACAACAUUACUGACCAUCGACAACAGNACAGAGAACUCGUCAGAACAAACACAGGCCAUCAUGAAGUCGAAGAGAACCAUAUCCACUUGAACCCAGAACCAUCACCGGAUCCAGCAGAUCCUCUCAACUUCUCAAACUCACGAAAAAUCAUGAUCUUAGCGUUAAUGAGUCUAUACGCCUUCGUCACGAAUGUCUCAAGUUCGAUCAUCAGCAGCGCUCUGCCGACGUUGAUUACGGCCUUUGCGACCUUCCACGAGCGGGGACCACCUACUGGCGUCCUGCCGUUCAGCAAGCUGACCCAUCUCAUCGCCAUCAACAACUUGUUCCUUGGUGCAUCAAACAUCUGGUGGGUGCCUCUUGGAAACAUCGGCCAGAUCUUCUUUGUCCACCAGAGAGGUCGUGCUAUGGCCAUCUAUACCAUCUUCCUCGCUUCCGGUUCUCUGAUCGGUGGCCUCAUUGGUGGCUACAUCACCGCCUCGAUGGGCUGGAGAUGGACCAUGUAUAUCUCAGCCAUCCUGUCGGGCGCUAUUCUGCUCUUGAGCUUUUUCUUCGUCCCCGAAACCCUCUUCGACCGUGAGGCAGCCAUGGCUAUCGUCCGUCCCGAAGGCUACGACAACGACUCACCUAUCGGCGAGAAGGCCGAGAUGGCCAGAGUUGAGACCGUCACCUCUACUGUCUUCCCUGAGUACACCUUUGCCAGAAGCCUUAAGAUUGGCAUGUACCGACCUGGCUUCUUCAAGCGUUGUAUCACCCCAUACACCACGCUCCUCUUCCCUGGUACAUGGAUGGUCAUGUUGCAUUACGCCGGUCUUGUCGGCUUGAUCGUUACCAUCUCGACUGUUGCACCACAGAUACUCGCUCAGCCACCCUACCUGUGGGGCGGCUCAGUCGGCCUGAUCAACGUCGGUGGUCUGGUCGGCACUGUACUUGGUGCAAUUUACACCUACUUCACUGCAGACUUCAUUGUCAAGCGUCAGGCCAAGCGGGAACGACACGGUUUCAGUGAAUCUGAGGCACGUCUUCCUCUCAUGUUCCCCGCCCUCCUCAUUGCCACGGCCGGUGCCAUCUGCUUCGGUUUCUCAGCCAAGGCAGCGACACCAAAGGCUUGGAUUGGUCUUGAGUUCGGUAACGGCAUGGUUGCCUUCGGUCUUAUGCAAGUGCCUUCAAUCGGCUUCAAUUACCUCAUCGAAAGUUAUGGUGCUUGGAGUGCUGAUUGUUUCCUCAUGGUUGUCACUUUCCGUGCCGUCAUCAGUUUUGCCUGGACCUUCUUCGUCGGCAGUUGGGUCGAGACUGCAGGGCCUGCGCUUCCCUUCGGUAUCUUUGCUCUGCUGAUGGGAGUGUUCAGUCUGACAACCGUACCCGUUUGGUUGUUCGGCAAGAGAAUGAGAAUUGCGACCAGCCAUCUUGUGAUGAAGGGAUAUGCCAGGAGUGAAUGA